CCAACCUGUCAGUCCAGCCAUGCAAGAAGACAGGGAGAGAGACAGAGGAAAAGAAAGGAGGGAGUGAAGCAGAGAUCCUUUCAAAGCCCAGCAGGACGUUMAGGUGGGAUGAGGCCGUUUCUGAGUGUUAUCGGGGAAUUUCUGCUGAGGUCAGUGGCCUAAAGCUGGGAUCAGAGGUGACUUGGAAGUGUUCCUGCCUCCCCUGCCUGUUGAUUUCCAAUGAGCAAAGGAAAACAAACCUGGGGCUUUCUGUAAGUGCAGAGAUGAGGAAGGUGAAUGACCAGAGCUGCGCCUACAGGCCCGUAAAUAUCCAGGGAAACAAAGUCAGCUACCGCGGCUCUUACGGGGARAGCCCGGAAAAGGAGGUGAAACGGCAGCAGAAAAGGUUCCUGCACAAGGAUGGCAGCUGCAACGUCUACUUCAAGCACAUCUUCGGCGAGUGGGAGAGCUACGUGGUGGACAUUUUCACCACGCUGGUGGACAUCAAGUGGCGCCACAUGUUUGUGAUUUUCUCGCUGUCCUACGUGCUGUCGUGGCUGCUCUUCGGGCUGGUGUUCUGGCUGAUUGCCGUGCAGCAUGGGGAUGUUUUUGGUGAUGAGGAGCUGACRCCGUGCGUGGCCAACGUUCACAGCUUCACGGGAGCCUUCCUGUUCUCCCUGGAGACCCARACCACCAUCGGCUAYGGCUACCGCUGCGUGACCGAGGAGUGCUCGCUCGCCAUCCUCAUGGUGAUCCUGCAAUCGGUGCUCAGCUGCAUCAUCGACACCUUCAUCAUCGGAGCCGCCCUGGCCAAGAUGGCCACGGCCAGGAAAAGGGCCCAGACCAUCCGUUUCAGCUACUACGCCGUGGUGGGGCUGAGGGACGGCAAGUUCUGCCUGAUGUGGCGCAUCGGCGACUUCCGUCCCAACCACAUGGUGGAGGGCUCCGUGCGGGCGCAGCUGCUGCGCUACCGGGAGGACAAGGAGGGCAGGAUGACCAUGGAGUACAGGGACCUCAAGCUGCUCAACGACCAGAUCAUCCUGGUCACCCCCGUCACCGUGGUCCACGAGAUCGACGCCGACAGCCCCUUGUACGGGCUGGACCGCAAAGCUUUGGCCAAAGACAAUUUUGAGAUCUUGGUGACUUUUGUCUACACCGGCGACUCCACCGGGACMUCCCACCAAUCGCGCAGCUCCUACGUGCCCAGGGAGAUCCUGUGGGGCCACAGGUUCAACGACGUCCUGCACGUCAAGAAGAAGUACUACAAGGUGGACUGCCUGCAGUUCGAGGAGACCACGGAGGUGUACGCGCCGCACUGCAGCGCCAUGCAGCUGGAGCGCAAGGAGCGCGAGUGGAGCCGCGCCGACAAGAGGUGCCACAAGGAGACGGAGAAAUCRGCGYUGGAAAGCAAACCWGAGCAGCARUSCUUCAGCGCUGUGGCCCUCAUCACCAGCUGCAAGGAUGCUGAAGGCCAGGAGGCAGCUCCCAGCCAGGCUCCCGGAGAGGAUUCCUACAGGAAAGCGGCCGUGACCUUGAGCAGGCUCUCCAUAGAGUCCCAAAUCUAACUCUUCCUGCCCUUAAAUCCUUUCCCAACAAAUUCUCCCCUUGUAGCUCCUCGAAUGCAAACCCCGAACCUGUGUGCAGCAGGAUUUACACCCCAGACCUCACCAACUCACUCACACCCUGCUGGGCUGCCCGGAGCAGCUCUGAACUGGUUUGUACUGGUGGCUGUGGGCACCAGUGUGGGAUCAGCACCGGCACAGAGGGAGCAGCUUCCACCUGGGAUGAGCAGAGAGCUCCUGUACCCAAGCAAACCCCACGGGAACCUUCUCACCCUGCAAGGAACAGGGCUGGCUGUGCCCAGAGACCGAGAAUUAACCUGGCAGSGCACACAAUCCUGAGUUUGGCUCAGGCGGUUCCAAAACUGGUUUGGAAAGCCCAUUUCCAGUCCUUCCAGGAGGCUCUGAAGCUCUGUUAUCCCAACAAAUGAUUCCUCUGAGGGAUCCUCUGGGGAAUCUAUGGGGUUGUUCUUUGUAGGACGGGGGAAUAACUGACCCCAGUGUUCCUGGGUGGCUUUGGACCUAUUUACACCCUCCCAGUUCUGUGGGACCUGGAGAAAUUUAAUUGUCUAGCCAUGAGAUUUUCCCCAAAGCGCCACUCCCUCAGCAGCUGGAGGGAUGCAGGAGGUAAAAAAAAAAAAAAAAUCAAAACAA